AUGCGUGGAUUGGAGACCACACGGAAAAGAGGCUCGGCAUUCAGAACGGAGACGGUGAAUUGGCCUUUGCCUGGACUCGUCGUGGCGAGCAGAAGGGAUCAUCGGCGGUGGACGAGGCUGGUGACGGAAUGGCAGCCAAAGGAGUGGGACGUGCCCGAGAGGACGACCACCCGUGCAGAUGGAGCGAGGCUGCAGCUGGCGCCACGCCAACGCGACACUGAGGCGAGGAACGAGACGGACGACACCAAGAGCGCAGCAGCAACGAGAGCGAGUGAGGGGCUGGGAGUGGUGGCAGCGAGCGGGGUCGCCGUGCGCGUCGCGGCCCCCGUUGGGGUGGAGUGUCGAGUCGACAUCCUCACUCAAUCCCAAGUUGGCUCGGUCAUUCGGAGCGUCCAGGGCAGCGAAGUUGGAGGCAGUGACAGGGCAGCAGGACCUGCCGGUGCUGCUGCCCUUACGGCGCCGCCCUGCCUAGCCUGCCUGCCCUUGCUGGGCAGCCUGCACGUGCUUGCUGGGCACGGCGCUCUACACCUGGCGCUGCACGAGCUCGCCAAGCGACACGGCCCCGUGUUCGCGCUGCGCCUGGGAGCGCACCGCGCGCUGGCGGUGUGCGCGCUGGGCCCCGCGCGGGAGGUGCUGCUGCGCAAGGGCCGCGCGUUCGCGGGGCGAGCUCGCAUGGUAAGCACGGACCUGGUGAGUCACGGGGGACGCGACAUCGCCUUCGCGGACGCGAGCCCCGCAUGGCGCUUCCACCGCAAGGUGGUGCACUCGGCAUUGUACGGGGCCAGGCCGCCCGGGGAGGACUCCCUCCACGACAUCGGUGGGCGCCGCGCUCACCACGCCGCGCUCACCAUCCCACGCUCACCACAUUCGCCACGUCCACCCCACAUUCACGAUGCAAACAUUCGCACCGUGAUUCUGUGGACCAUGCGGUCCCAGUGCCCGCAGUUCCACUCGGCACACAGCGGACUAAGAGAGGAGGAGUGGACAGAGCGUGGCCGCGUGUGUUGCGGUGCAGUGAGCCGGGAGGCGCGGGGCCUCGUGGACUCCCUGGAAGCUGCGGGGCGUGGCGGGGCGCGCGCCGUGGACCCGGAGCCGUUGGUGGCGCGCGCGGUCACGGCCGCGAUGCUCGCGCUCGUGUUCGGCGCCGCGGGCCCCGGGGCCCCCGGGGCCCCCGAGGCCGAGGUGGAGCGCGUGCUGCGCUUCAACCGCGGUAUCGUGGAGACCGCAGCCCGAAACCACCCCGUGGACCUCUUCCCCUGGCUCCAGGUGUUCCCCAUCGCGCACCUGAGACGACUGCGCGCGUGUGUGGCCGUGCGAGACAACUUCCUGCAGCAGAAACUCAGCGAGCACAAGGUGACCGUCACCAGCACCGUCAACUUCAUCAUCACCCUUCAUCAUCACCUUGCCCACGUGGACCGUGCUCAUCAUCGCGCGCGCUCGUGCCAGGCCACGGGACCCGAGCACGGAGCGCGCGCGCUGCUCUCGCUGCUGCUGGAAGCGCGGCGCGAGGCGGAGCGCGGCGAGGAGAGUGCAGGGGAGAGUGCAGGGGAGAGCGCACGGGAGAGUGCAGGAGGCGGCGAGCCGAGCGCCCUGCAGCAGCACGCGCGCCGCCUCACCGACGACCACGUGAUGAUGACCGUGGCCGACGUCUUCGGUGCCGGCGUGGAGACCACGGUGACGUCACUGCGAUGGCUCCUCGCUUACCUGGUGCACCACCCCGAGGUGCAGGCGCGAGUUCACGCGGAGCUGGACGUGGUGGUCGGGACGGAGCGCGCCCCCCGCGCCUCGGACCGCACCGCGCUCCCACAGCUCGCGGCGACCAUCCUGGAGACGCAGCGCGUGCGGCCCGUGGCGCCGCUCCUCAUCCCGCACGUGGCCAUGGAGGACACCUCGGUGGGGAAUUUCGCGGUUGCCAAGGGAACGCGCGUGCUCGUGAACAUGUGGUCCAUCCACCACGACGAGACGGCGUGGCCCGACCCGGAGCGCUUUGACCCAGGCCGCUUCCUGCACUGGGAGGGGGGGCGGCUGCAAGCGGGGGCCCCCGAGGGUUCCUCCUUCCUGCCGUUCGGGGGGGGGCCCCGCGUGUGCCUGGGGGAACCCCUCGCACGCCUGCAGCUGCUGCUCAUGUCUGCCGCUCUGCUGCAGAGGUUCCGCUUUGAGGCCCCCCGAUCCGGGGUGGGGGGCGCCCUCCUGCUCCCGGACCUGGCCGGCGAGUGCGGGGUGGUGCUGCACCCACGGCCCUACCUGCUGCACGCCGUUCCGAGGCCCCCCCCCCAAGUAGUGGGCCACAGGGGAGGAGGCCCUAGGAGUUGAUGGUGGUGUUGUACAACAAUGUG